UUUAUUUUGGAAUCGUAUUUUUUCAUAUUUGCCAUCUCUAGUGGUCGCCUAAAUAAUAAUAAUAAUUUAAAGCCUAAAACAAAAAGGAAAUGGAUCGAUAACAAGAACGCAGAAACAUUUCGAUUGGUUCAUCGUAGUCAAAAAGAUCCACUGAUUGCUGAUGACACUGUUGGUGAACGUGUUCUGCAGCCCAUUCAGAAGAAGAAUGUGGAAGAGCAUAUCAAAUAUGGUAUUUAUUACGAUGAUGAUUACAAUUAUUUGCAGCAUUUACGAGGUGUUAACGAAGUGGUUGAGUGUGAAGCAGUAGAAAGAACAAUCAUUAGAGCACCAAAAGGAAAAGCCAAUCUACCGAGUACACUUUUCGAAACCAGUGGCAUCGAGUUGAAUGUUGGUCUUUUAAAUCAGCAGACUUUAAGAGCAGAUGCAAUACCAGAUCUGGAUGAAGAUAUUAUUGAAGCGUUAGAAGGAAGAAUCGAUGAUGAUAUGGAUGAAUUAGAAGAUGAUUUUGUGCUGAGAGCAAAUUGUGGUGAAUUACCAUCCAACCAUCCGCCGGAACCUAUCAAAGCAACUGCUUUUCAGAAUGAUCAGUCUGAUCAUGAUACGAUUAGUGAUGGUGAAAUAGGGUCUGAAUCUAAUGCACAAGGUCUUUCAGUUUGUUUCCAUUCUUUUACCUUUAGAGAGGAAAGUGGAGCUAGUGGAGAGGAUGAUGCGGCUUUAUCGGGUCAUAUGGCAUCUGCAAGAAUAAUUGACAAAAAAUUCGAGCGUUUGUAUGAGGAAGGGGAAUCCAGCGAUGAUGAGGAAGAAAUGGAACAAAAUUUGUUGGAACCAGAUUCAUACCGUAUGAAAGAAUUAGUUGACGAAUGUAAAAACAACAAAACGGAUCUUGUAUUGGAAAAUGAUGAAAUAGCAAAACGUUAUGCGGUUGUGAACGAAAUGAAUGAUGAGAGUGAUAACAGCGAGAAAUUCGACAAAGUUUCCAUUGAACGUCCAUGUGAAAAGAAAGCAAGAUGGGAUUGUGAGACGGUUCUAUCAUCGUAUUCCAACAUUUACAAUCAUCCAACAGUAAUUCAAGAAUGUACAUCAAAACCGAAGCGCCGUCUCAAACAACGGCGUAAUCCAUCUUUAUCCGAAGUCACCAAUGAUCCGCAUACUCAGCAGUCAAGCCAAUUAUCGGAAGCAAUGGACUGUUGUGAGUCUUCAGAAGCACCAUCGUCUAUUUGCAAGGGUGCAUUUGCAAAAGAAGGCUUAGUAUUAGCAGCAUCCUCGUCAGUGUUGACAACUUCUCGUAGACCUGUAGACGAGAGUGCAGAUGCGAAACGUGAACGUAAAAGAGCUGUUAAAGAGGCGAGAGCUGAGCGCCGUGCCGAAAAGAAGGCAAAUAAACUAGCUUUUGCUGAAGAGGCGCGUCGAAGAAGUCAAGCGUCGAUCAAUAGUGGUGGUGGUGGUAAGAAAAUUAAAUGCGUUCCCAUAGCGUAA